GAGGGGAGCCAUUUUUUUUCCUUCUCUCCAGGGACAAGAUACUAGGAGGCCAUCUGCAGUCAGUGCAUCCAGUGUGGAGGCUGAAGAAACUUAUCUAGAGACCAGAGGGAUUUACAGAGGGCCCAGGCUGCUGCUGCUGCCAUAGGAAGACACAGACUGGAACCCUAAGGGCCCAAGAUGGGAGGGAGUCAGAGGGCCACUUGACAUCCUAGGAUUGCUCUGGGAGGGCAAUGAACAGCCUACACAGCUUUCAAGAUCAUGUCACUCAGAGGACCAGGGUCCAGGAGCCAUUUAAAAGGGAAACAAGAUGUAGCUGAUAUGGAUGAGAGAGAGAGGGAACUUCAGAGAGCCUCUAUGGAUUACAUCUGGUCACACACCAAGUAUGUGAAGACGUACAUUGUGGUCGACAAGAAAAGGUUCGAAAUGUGGGAUGAAAAUGUGACCAAGACAACCGAGAAGGUGAUGGACGUCGUCUCACAGCUAGACACCUUCACCCAUGAGUUCAACACCAGAGUCGUCCUGAUUGGUUUGGAGAUCUGGACAGAGGGAAAUCUGAUCCAUAUUUCACUGAAUAUAAGGUUCGCCCUUAUGGCUUUCAAUAGAUGGAGGACUGAUUACGUCUUCCGUAGGGUGAUUCACGAUAUUGCCCAUCUGAUCGUAGGGCAUAAUACCGGAAGUGCGAUGGGCGAUGCCUAUUUCAGAGGUACUUGUACAUACUACAAAGCUGCAACAAUUGAUUCAUUCUACCAUGAAGACAUAACCCGCUUCACUAACCUCCUGGCCCAUGAGCUGGGCCACACCCUAGGCAUGAUGCAUGACCAUUCAGGCUGCAGAUGUGGUGAACAAUCUUCCUGCAUCAUGAAUGACGCUGUCACCCAUGAGAGUCGUUACAGUAACUGCAGUAUUGACAACUACUAUGAAUACCUGAGGACACGCGGUGGGAUCUGCCUCUAUGAAAAGCCAGACCCCAGCAGAAUAAUGAGGAAGUCAGUCUGUGGGAACCGAGUGUUAGACAGAGGGGAGGAGUGUGACUGUGGCAGUGUUGAGACCUGCUCGAAGGACCCUUGCUGUCUUCCCACAUGCAAGAUGACUAAAGGUUCUGUGUGCGCCUUCGGGCCCUGCUGUGAGGGCUGCCAAUUUCGGUUAAGGGGGCAGUGUUUGCCGUCCCAGUAA